GGAAAAUAGGUUUCAUUCAGUCCAAGAGAUUGAAAUGGAAAGUGGUAGUUUGGGCUUUUUGAUUGGACUAGUAGUGCUUUUUAAAGGGCUUAGGGAUUUUCAGUUGCACAUCCUCUCUGGAGAACUUGUGUGGUUUGGAGAGCGUCCGAAUUGUAUUUUAGUGAUCAGCUAACGAUUUGCAGUAGGCGUGCACUGAAGCUGUCCUCUUGGAGAUUGGCCAAAAUGACCAUUCUAUUUUUUUUUUUUUUUCCUAAGCAAAAACCUCUAGUGGUUUUGAGACAUGUGUUUUAAUUCUUGAUUUCACAGUACAAAUCAGUAAUGGCUAGUGGCAUGUGCUAAAUGAGAUUAAGUUCAUUUCAAUGAUUGGCAUGACAAAUAAUCUGUCUUGCUCACUCUUGGCUCUUUUCAAUAAAGUAAAAUGUGAGUUUUUACGUCCCCGCCCCCAAAAAGUAAUGAAAUUUGAAUAGCCUGAAGAGGGAACUUGGAAUCCCCUCACUAAUGAUUUUGGAGUGAGUAUUUGUCCACCCAGUAUGUGUGGUUAUUUAUUUAUUAUUGUAUCCUUUUCAUUUUUCCAAGUGACCUAGCAUCUUGAAUCUUUAUAGAAGCAUGUUUUGAAAUGCUUAUAGAGGACUAUUUUAGAAGGGCUAACUAGUAUUUAUCUGACUGUGGAGUUAAAUUGUAUGUUCUUCUUUUAGGUGUGCCCAUGACAAGUAAAAUGUUCUCUCAGCAGGUCUCCAAGUUGUGCCAAAAAGAGCGUGUUAGGAUUGUUUGGGGUACAGGUCUACAAAAUGAAACAACUUCUUACUUCAUACUGUCCUUGUCUUUCGAGGUUUGGUCCAUUUGUUGAACUGGGCCGAUACCAGAAGUGAACGCAAGGCUGUGGUCGACGCUGAAUCUAAAUUGUUUACUUUAUAAACAGUGCGCGAAGAAAAAAACUUUAGAGAAUCUUCUGCUCGCUUAUGUCAUUACUUUAACUGAGGCUAUGGUUCGAUAUUUAUAGGUUUUCCCACUCGGCUGUUUGACAAAGGUAUUCAUGCAUUGACCUAAGGUUUAUGAUGGUGUCUCAGUGCACACUGGUUAGCAAUGAAAUGAGCCGUGGUUUUGAACUGGGUUUGCAGACUUAAAACAUUUGUCAAUCAUCAAGUCGUUGUUUUAUUUCCAAAUAGGAAGACUUAUGGCAAAACCGGUAUAGCCUUUGGUGCUUUGGGAGAAUCUUCUAAAAAAAAGGACAGGGUAUGAGUACAUUUGGUUUAAAGAAAAAGUUUGCUUUUUGUAGACCUGUACCAUAUUGUGCUGCGACUGAGGUGCUGGAGGAAGGCUCGGGACUUCAAGUCUGAGCUCACCGGCCGCCUUUGUUGUUUCCACUCUAAACCCCAAUUGUUCUCUCGGCUUCUCUCCCUUGGUGUGUGUCGUCUGGGAUCUGAUUUGUAGUGGGUGAGGUAACGUACGUGGAACAAAUAAUGGACGCAGAAGGCAAAUCAAGGGUAAGUGCAAAUAUAUACAAAUACAACAUUUUUGAACUAUCCUUGACAAACUUGUGUUUGUCAGCUUUAGUUUCUCUUUUCAUUGUUGGGCAAUUGUCAGCUUCUGAAAACUGAUGGAGCGGGUGAGAUUGUGACAUGUUGGAGGCAUGUCUUUUGUGGUGUCGCCUGAGACCUUGUCGCGAGGUCUUUUUAGAGUUGAUGCUUUUUAAGGACUUCAGCUUUUUCUUUAGCUGAGAUAGUUAUAUGCUCUAACAUUACAUACUCGGUUGCUGGAAUUUCUUCUAAUGACCUUCAGAAGGUGUAGUCUGCAAGUGGUGGUCGGAGGUCUUAAUGAUGGUUGUCUAAUCCAAAAAUGUGUUUAUAAUGAAGAACAUAUCUUCUGGAAUAGUAAACUCCAAUAUUUCAGUACUGAGGAAUCCAAUUUCACUGUGGAUUUCCUCUUUUGGUGUUGGAGAGAAAAAAAUUAAGUAGGUGCCUGCUUUGUUAUUGAUGAUUAUUAUUUAUUUUUAUUUUUUUACAUUUUGGAAAAGUUUUGACACUUGUUGUGGCCAAGGAUUUAAGUGUGUUGUAAUAUAUAAUUUGAUGUGCAUGAUCUCCAUUUUGUGUUAAAUAUUUUGUGAAAUGCAGUCAAUUAUGAUUUUUCUCACUUGAAUCUACUUUUUAUUCUGGGUUGUUCCGUGGUCUUCAAUCAACAAAGGGUUGGGCUGUGGUAGAGUUUAGGACUGAAGAACUGAUGAAGAAAGCAGUGGAGAAGGUCAACAAGCACAACCUCAAUGGCCGCCCCCUGAAAGUGAAAGAAGAUCCUGAUGGUGUGCUCGCGCAAUGGAAAAUGAGCAAGGGACAAGGAAGUGGAGGGCCUCAUGGUGGCAUGGGUGGGAUGGAUCGCAUGAACAUGGAUAGAAUGGGUCCUGGACCAAAUGGACCUAUGAUCAAUAUCCCUCCCAGCUUGAUGAACAAUGCCAACAUUCCCAUGGAGAUCAUCCAUGGUCUUCAAGCAGGGAGAAUUGGCAACACAGUCUUUGUUGCGAAUCUGGACUACAAAGUGGGCUGGAAGAAGCUGAAAGAGGUGUUCAGCAUGGCUGGCUUAGUAGUGAGAGCUGACAUCCUUGAAGACAAGGAGGGCAAGAGCAGAGGGAUGGGAACCGUAACAUUCGACAUGCCCAUUGAAGCUGUCCAAGCUGUCUCAAUGUUCAAUCAGCAGCUGUUGUUCAAUCGAAUCAUGCAUGUAAAACUGGAUGAGAAGUCUAUGCCCAAAGAUUUUGGACCACCUGACAGAGGUUCAUCUCUUCCACGUGGUUUAAGUGGUAUUGGUUUGGGCUUGGGACCUGGUGGCCAGCCUAUUGAUGCUACCCAGCUUAAUAGAGGCGGCGGUGGAAUGGGCAACAUGGGCAUCGGAGGAAUGGAUGGAAUGGGCUUUGGCAACAUGGGAAAUCGUAUGGGAGAUUUAGGAAUGGACAACUUUGGAGGAAUGAACAACAUGGAUCGUUUUGGCUCUUCUGGAAUGGGCAGAAUGAAUGAGAUGGACCGAGGUAUUGGUGGUGGCUUUGACCGUGAGUUUGGUCGAAAUGAUAUGGGCAUGCCUCGCAAUAGUUUUGGAGAUUCCUUUGAUCGAGGGAAUUCAAUGGGUAUGGACCGCAUGAAUUCUGGCAUGGACCGUCUUGGAGCUAACAUGGAUCGUGUUGGAGGAAUGGAUCGAAUGGGCAUGGACAGGAUGGACCGCAUAUCCGACCUGGACAGGAUGGGCUCUGGCUUUGACCGACUGGGUACCGGGAUGGACAGGCUGGGGCCUAGUAUGGACAGGCUUGGAGGUGGCCUUGACCGGAUGAGCUCUUCAAUGGAUCGCCUCGGCCCAACUGGGUUCGACCGCUUGGGUCCAUCAAAUCUGGAUCGCAUGGGUUCUGGUCUGGAAUUUGGCUCCCCAAUGGGUAUGGAUCGCGUGGGCAGCACUGGGCUCGACAGAAUGUCCAGCAAUUUUGACCGCAUGGGCUCUGCUGGAGGUCUUGACCGCUUUCCAUCUGGAGGCCUCGAUCGUAUGAGCUCUGGAAUGGAUCGGAUGGGAUCUGGCGGUGUUGGUGGUCAGUUUGACCGUUCUACAGACCUGGAUCGCGGGUUCGGUGGCAAUUCCUUUGGAGGCGCAGGGGUAGGAGGCCCUGGAGGUGGAGUAGGAAAUCCCAGAAAGGGUUGCCAGAUCUUUGUCCGCAAUCUUCCAUUUGACUUUGACUGGAAGAUGCUCAAAGACACCUUCAAUGCAUGUGGCAUGGUCCAGUAUGCUGAUAUCAAGACUGAUAAUGGAAAGUCCAAGGGUUGUGGCGUGGUCCGCUUUGACAACCCGGAGACUGCUGAUCGUGCAUGUCGUACCAUGAAUGGCUAUCGUCUCAACGGGAGAGAAAUUGAUGUUCGAAUGGAUAGGAAUGCAUAGACUGAUUUGAGAGCAGUUAGUAUUGAGUUGGAGAUUUUCAUUACACUAUGGUCUAAAUUUGCCAUACAAUUUCCUCAGUCACUUGGUUUAAAAUUUGUCAAAUUGUCAUAGUGAAACUGUUUUAGGAAAUAGUUUUUAGUUUGUAAACGUUACUUUUAUAGCCGUCAGUUUAUUUUCUGUUAUGCUUCAUCUGACUACUUUCUUCCACAAAAUGUUUUGAUAAUAAACAAUUUGACUGGUUUUCUUGUGCAUUUCA